UCCAUCUCUCGAGACCCAGAAGUCUUCCCUGACCCUGAAGCGCUCAGGCAUCAGCGCUGGCUUGACAACCAAGGUCGCGUGAGAGACGACCUCACACCCUUUAUAUAUGGAUUUGGUCGGCGCAUAUGCCCCGGUCUACACGUCGCAAACAGAUCAUUGUUCAUAACUACCGCCCUUAUUUUUUGGGCCUUCCAGCUCAGUCUAGAUCCUACGAAGCCCUUAGAU